UUGGUUCUUGGUGUGUGUGUGGCUGUUUCACGUCGAGUUAGAAAUUUGCUCGUGCCCGCAGUUCGCCGUUCGCCGUUUUCGCCUUGUGUGGUGUGUCUACUAAAUACCGUGCCAAUCGAAUCUAGCUCCCCGAAUCCGAGCAGAAGUAGCAGCCGUAGCAUAUCAGCCCGCUGUUCCGCAGAUCCCGCAGUCCGGUACAAUUCACGGCCAGGCGAAAACCCAGUCCCCAGUCAGCAGCUGAGGAAGAACAAGAACGAAGAAGAGGAAGAGAGGAGCAGCCGCAGCCUUGCAGAGAUGCCUUCCAGCGAUCCCCUGCCGCCCAAGGAGGGUGCGCUCUUCCGCAAGCUACUUAAAUGCUACGAACUGAAGCAGUACAAAAAUGGCCUCAAACUGGCCAAGCAGAUCCUCUCCAACCCCAAGUAUACGGAGCAUGGCGAGACGCUUGCCAUGAAGGGACUUACCCUGAACGGCCUGGGGCGCCGUGAGGAGGCCUACAAGUAUGUGCGUCUAGGACUGCGCAACGACCUGCGCUCCCACGUCUGUUGGCAUGUGUAUGGACUGCUCCAGCGCAGCGACAAGAAGUACGAUGAGGCAAUCAAGUGCUACCGCAAUGCGCUUAAGUGGGAGAAGGACAACCUGCAGAUCCUCAAGGAUCUGUCUCUUCUGCAGAUCCAGAUGCGUGACCUUGAAGGGUACAAGGAGACGCGCCACCACCUGUUCACGUUGCGUCCCUCGCAGCACGCCUCUUGGAUCGGUUUCGCAAUGAGCUACCAUCUGCUGCGGGACUACGACAUGGCCAACAGCAUACUAGAGACGUUUAGCCAGUCGCAGAACUCAAUCGAGGCGCAUGACUACCGCCACUCGGAGCUGCUGCUCUACCAGAACCAGAUUCUCAUCGAGUCGGAGCGCCUUCAGCAGGCCGUGGAUCACCUGACCAAGUACCAGGCCCAGAUCGUUGAUAAGCUGGCUGUUCGCGAGACCAUGGGUGACCUGUACAUCAAGCUGCAGCAGCAGGAGAAGGCAGUGCCCAUCUUUGAGUCCCUUAUCCGACGUAAUCCGGAAAAUGUGCUCUACUACGAGCAGUACAUGGCCGCCCGCCAGGUGACCGAUCCCAGUGCCGUAGUUUCAAUCUAUCGCGUGUUCCAAGAGCAGUAUCCGCGAGCUCUUUGCCCCCGCCGCCUGCCUCUGGACAUCGCCACUGGCGCCGAAUUUCGCGUAGUAGCCGACGAGUACCUGCGCCGCGGUCUGCGUAAGGGUAUCCCGCCGCUCUUUGUUAAUGUGCGUACUUUGCACAAGAUUCCGGAGAAGGAAGAUACCAUCGAGGAGCUCACGCUUCAGUAUUUCGAGAACCUAACUCGUUCCGGCCACUUCUCUCGCGAGGACGCUGACGCUGGAGUUCCUGUCGAGCCGGCCUCAGCGCUGGUGUGGACGGCACUGUUUCUCGCGCAGCUCUAUGACUACAAGCGUGAUACGGAUCGUGCCCUUGAGUACAUUAAUGUAGCAAUCGAACAUACACCAACACUAAUAGAAUUGCUCAUAACUAAGGGACGUAUUUAUAAGCAUGCCGGUGAUCCCGUGGAGGCGUACGUUUGGCUGGAAGAAGCGCAGAGCAUGGAUACAGCCGAUCGGUACAUCAAUUCUAAGUGCGCCAAAUACAUGUUGCGUGGAAACAUGGUGCAAGAGGCAGAAGAGAUCUGCGCAAAAUUCACUCGUGAGGGCGUCUCCGCCAUGGAUAACUUGAACGAGAUGCAGUGUAUGUGGUUCCAGACGGAGUGUGCCCUGGCCUAUAAGCGCAUGGGCCGCUGGGGCGAGUCACUGAAGAAGUGUCACGAGGUGGAGCGCCACUUCGCCGAAAUCGUUGAGGACCAGUUCGAUUUUCACACCUACUGCAUGCGUAAAAUGACGCUGCGCGCCUAUGUUGGCCUGCUGCGACUCGAGGACGUUCUGCGUCAGCAUCCCUUCUACUUUAAGGCUGCCAAGUGCGCCAUUGAGGUGUACAUUCGUCUGUACGAUAAGCCCCUCAAAUCAGAGGCGACCAUUGAAGAGAUCGACAUUGAAAACCUGCCACCUUCGGAAUUGAAGAAGCUACGCAGCAAACAGCGCAAGGCCAAGAAGAAAGCUGAGCUGGAGAGUGCGCAGGCCGCACAGGCGCAGGUAAAGCGCGAACAGCAUCAAAAGUCGAAGCAGCAGGCGAACCAGGAGACCGACCCCGAUGCUCCACAGUUGGACGAGCUGGUGGCUGAGAAACUAGAGCGCACGGACGAUCCACUGGAGAAGGCCAUCGACUUCCUAAAGCCGCUACAACAGCUGGCAAAUAAUCGUAUCGAGACGCACCUGCUGGCCUUCGAGGUGUUCUACCGCAAGAACAAGCUGCUUCUCAUGCUGCAGUGCAUCCGACGCGCUCGCGCCUUGAACCCUGCGCAUCCCGAGGUCCACAGUUGCAUUAUACGUUUUGUGAAGUCGUUGACUAUCGCCGCUAAGCAGCAGUCGUUCAAUGAGCACGUACAGCAGGUGCUAGACAAGGCCACCAAAGAACUGAUAGGCAGCAAGACGCCCCAGCAGCUCAACGACGAGUUCAUUGCCAAACACAACGCUUCCAUACUGCAUUUAUACGAGGGCGCACGCAGUCUGUACGAGCUAGACAAUAGUAAAAAGGCUGCCGCUAUUAAGCUGGUCACUAACUUUAAUAUGGCCAAGCUCAGAUUAGAGGAGGCGACCAAAAUCUACACAGCGUUGCGGGACGGCGAUGUGUUUGGGGAAUGCGAGACAGAGGCGGCUCUUUACCAGCAGGCGUGCCAUGAACGCUUCCAAUACGCCCGUAUAUUUCGGAAUGUAGAGGAACUGGAGGCACAGCUGCAGGAAAAGGAGGCAGCCAAGCUGCGCGCGGAGGAGGAACAGCAGCAAUUGAUUCACGUUGAUUCUAGUGAACCGGUGCCAGUUUUGGCCACGGCAGCGGCAGUGUCUUAGGACCAAACAAGACUGCUACAAAAUACCCGCAACCGCAAAAAUAGUAACAGCAACAACAACAACAACAACAAACAGAUCUGCGGCAAACAACAAUAACGAGAAGCGAACCUAACUAACAACAAACAAUAUGAACAGGAAUAAGCUUAGCUCUAUAAACAACGGCAACCACAAUAAAAUUCACUAUUAACAACAACAACCAACUAAAUGCUAUGACGACGAAGCUAAGCUAAUCUAAGCAAAGCUAUGUUUCUCUAAUCGGAUCUGAUCUGUAGCGGUUGGCUAAGCGGUGUGCCUUUUCGUGUGGUUACCACCGAUUCCACCUGAGAUCACAUCCCUUCAUACAUCCUCAAGUCAGAUCUGCACGCGCAGCCUCCCAAUAUAGUUUCGGAAAAUUAAAAGUCGGAGUAGGAACUAUUCACCAGAUAUAUGUGGGAGUCGAAAAAAUCUAGAUUCUGGCUACGCGACUAUAUAAAACUAUCCAAGUUGAAACUGUUUUAGGAUUUUUGAAAUUGAAUCAAAUGGAACCUUUUGUUGACAACAAUUGAUGGCUUUUUUUAAUAACAUUUAAUUUUUUUUAUUAUUUUUAACGAAUGCAUUGUAUGUACAUAUAUAAAGUCGUAAUUAAUUAUACGCAAAUCAAAACUUUAA